AUGUCCUCCAACAUUCGGAGUUUGUUAUAUCAUGGGCAUUCUCAGAAAUCCGUUCACACGGAACUCGACCAAUAUGACAUUGUAAUCACGACUUAUAAUGUAGUCGCAUCCGAAUGGAGAACCUCCAAACAGGGAGGGAGAAGUCUUAGGUUGAACUUACUUUCUUCAAAAUGGCACCGUGUGAUUUUAGAUGAAGCUCACAUGAUAAGGUCGCCAGGGACUCAAAAUGCCAAAGCUGUUCGUGCGCUUGAUGCAAUGCAUCGCUGGUGUAUCACAGGAACGCCUCUACAAAAUCGGACACGCGACAUAUUUAGUCUUCUCCAAUUUUUGAGAGUUUAUCCAUACGACAAUCCUAGGUCAUUUGACAGGGACAUCACCCAUCCUUGCAAAGUUCAAGUUGAGGAGAAAGGACUAAAGAUGCUUCGCAAACUGAUGCAAAUGAUCACUCUUCAUCGAGGAAGGAAGGUCAUUGAUCUGCCAUCCUUACAAGAAAAUGUGGAAGAAGUAGGCAUGACUGCUAUUGAGCUAGCUGUCUAUGAAGAGGCAAGAGAUGGUACCUAUCGGUAUCUCGAUCAUGCGUUACAUUCCGAAGGCUCAGCUGACAGCUCCUCUUACAUCAACGCAUUUCGAAGAGUUAAUCAAAUGAGAUAUAUUUGCAACCAUGGAGUUAACCGCCGGCAAAUACGUCUCAACUCCAGUCCCCCACCUGGAGCAGUGGAAGAUUCUAGCACAAAUAUCGACGAGCUGGACCAUAUCCUCGACAAUUUGGACGAAGCAUGCCUCAACUGCGGCACCGACAUUACUGACGAUCAAGAAUCGUUUGAAAAGCCCGAAAUCCUUGCAAACAUGGGAGAUAAUCAGCAAAGAUUCGUUAUGUUUUCGUUCUGGACGUCUACUUUGGACAUGAUGCAACAGGCUUUGGACUCGUCCGGUAUUUCUAGCUGCCGCUAUCAAGGCACGAUGAAAUACGCAACAAGAACAGAGUCAUUGAGAAGAUUUUGCACAGAAAGAACAAUCAAAGUCAUACUGGUUUCCAUCAGUUGUGGUGGGCAAGGACUUAACUUGACAGUGGCAAACCAUUGCAUACUGAUCGAACCGCAAUGGAACCCUAUGGUAGAAGAACAAGCUGUUGCCAGGGUAUACAGGCUCGGUCAAGAAAAAGCCGUCUCUGUAACAAGAUUCGUAGUCAAAGGCACUAUCGAGCGUAAAGUAUUGGAGCGCCAGACGAGGAAGAAAGUCCUGGCAGAUCUAGUCCUUGGAAAAGAGAAAAUUAAGGAGGGAGAUGAUGGAAAGAAACAACUUGCCGUAAGUUUCAGAAACUGA